CAUACUCUUUUCCUUGACCCUGUAAACAAAAACCUAAGAUCAACCACCAGGCCCACCCUCAUUCCCUUGGGCCUCGGCAGCUUCUCCCUCGACUUGAUCCUUUCCCUCCUCCGAUUCAGGUUGCUCCCGCCGCCAUGCACAUCAUCUUCUCGGCAACGGCGGAAUCGAAGGGGAAACACUCGACCGCCAUACCGAUCCUUCACCCGGACUCUCCCUCUGCAAAAAAGGUAGUUCCAGCGCACUUUCCUCCAUCUUGGUCUCCGGUCACCAUUUUUCCCUUCCUCUGGCUCCAGACACCCUCCGCCAGCUGUCAAACACCGUUGCGCCCUCUUUUCCUCUCCGCCGCUUACGGCUGGGGAGGGUCAGAAGUUUCUUGGCUUUCCGAAACGGAGGGAAUCAGUCUCCGCAAUUUGGCCGCGGAAAGGUUUGCUCAUUGAUUUGUUUGAGUGGUUUCUCACUGAUUUUGUGUGUUUCAUACUGAAUAAGAGUGUAUAGUGCCU